AUGGCGUCGCACUUGACGGUUAAAGUACAUCCUGUGGUGUACAUGACGAUAGUUGAUUCUUACCUUCGACGACAACGUCCUACAAAGGCCGGACAACCUGUUAAUGAUAAGGCUCUAGGCACUCUCAUGGGUUUCUAUGAGAAGGAUGCUGUGCAGGUCACCAACUGUUUCGCUAUACCCUUCAGUGAAUUGCGGGACGAUCUGGAGCUGGAUGAUUCCUUCAACCAGCAAAUGAUUCAGAUGCUGAAAAGAGCUGCGCCAACCGAGCAGCCUGUGGGAUGGUUUUACACCUCAUCUGAUCUUUCCUCUAACUGCCUUGUCUAUCACGAUUACUACAGCAGAGUCAUUAAUGAGGUAUCUAGAAAGGAAUCUCCACCUCUCAUUCUGUUGACACUUGAUACAACAUUCACAAGUACUGAUGACAAAUAUCGUGUACCCAUGAGAGCAUACCUCAGGACAAUGGCUGGAAUUCCUCGUGCACGUGAUCCUCACUGCGCUAUAUUCAAUCCUCUCCGUGUAGAGCUCGAUGCAUUUCCAGGAGAAUGUGUUGCUAUGCAGCUGAUUGAGAAUGCUUUGGAUUCAAGACGUCGUGAAGUUACAAUGGAAAAUGGACUUGAGCAACUCGAAAGGAGUAUAGCACAAAUAAUUGAAUGGCUUGAACGGCUGCUAGAGUAUGUCAACGAAGUCACAUCUCGAGAUGAACUUCCUGCUGAUGCAACGAUGGGCCGUCGAUUGAUGGAUAUUGUCAACACGGCAGCCACACAUAUGCAGACCGAAAAAUUGGAUAGUCUGGUCAAGAACAGCCUCAGGGAUUAUAUGAUGAUUUCAUAUUUGGCCAAUCUUACGACUACUCAGCUCCAAGUGCACGAAAGAAUGACAAAUAUUUAA